AUGUAUUUAGGAUUUCUCAUUAGUUUUGCAUCCUCUAAUCAGAACAAACCUGUUUUAGAGAAUUGCAACUACUAUAGUACAUAUAACUAUAGUUGUGCAACAAUUCCUUCAGGAAUGAACUAUAUAGAUGGUUUACUUCGCUGCAAUUCAUCAUCACAAGUCAUAGAUUUAACAUCAGACGAAAUGACAUGCAUUGAUUACGCAAGUGGCACAAAAGUUUUAUAUGAUACAGCAGUAGUUUCUGAAAAUACAACAGGACUCUCAUCAAAAAUGAUUGUUUUCUUCGAUCAAUCCGAUAAAUUCUCAUCUAGACUCAGUACAGAUUACGGCAACUUAUUAGAUGAUGCCGUUAAAGCAUGCAAAUCAAAUUACGCUCAAAUGUACACUCCUUGCCAAAUUGUUGCUUCAGGAUGUGCACUUUCCAGCUACUAUCCCCAUUCCCCAGCAUGCAUUGCCUACAACGCAUUGCCAGCAGCAAAUUCAACAACAUAUGAAUAUAAAUACUGGCCAGCAAAUCGUCCAUUCAUAGAAUACGGAGUUCAAGCAUCCAAAGUUAUAGAUGAGCAUAUAAUGAAUACUACAUUUUCCAAAGAAGAACAGAUAAAUAUUGUUUUAGCUCGUUACAGUCAAAACGGAACAUUCCUUGGCUACGUACCUCUUACAAACCAGUUCGACAUUUGCACUGAAAAACGCGACGUAAAUCUCAUGUGGCAGCUUUACGGAACUGGUUACGUCAGCGAAUGCGAAGUAAACAUCAUGGAUAUAUUUAAUUCUACAACAACCGAUGUUUACGAUCCAUUCUUAGUACAAGAAGUUUCAGGAACAAAUGUUUUACGUCCAAUUCCUGUAAAUGUUUUAUCAUAUCGCGAUGCAAAUGAAAUUCCAGUAAAUCAGAGAAGUAUUGAACGUAAGAAACGUUUAUUCCGUCGUUUCUUCGCAUUGGAUAAUUAUACAAACCCAAUUUUCAUUCAAUAUCUUUCAUCAAUGUCAAUUAAAUUCGAACACUUCAAUGAAACAUCUGAGGAACGUAUACCAGUCAUUACUGUUGGAUAUACAACAGUUCGCCGCUCAGAUCUUCAAGAAUCAGAUUAUCCAAUUUAUCUUGACGUUGAAUCCUUUACAACCAGCAACUAUUCAUUCUCCAUUGAAUUCUCAACAAAUAUUGAAUCAUAUUGGGAGGCUGCUCUCAUCACUCUCAUCGUUUUAGCCAUUAUUUGUAUUAUUAUUUGGCUUUAUCGUGCAGUUGUUACAGUUAAACGUUAUGGAACAGAAGGAAUUGACUUCAAAGUCAUUGCUGCUCUAUUUGCAGAAGCUUUCAACAUAGUUGCAUGGUUAUUAUUCAUAAUGGCAUUUGUUUUCUCAUUUGCAAUCUUCUGUGCCUACAAAUGGACACCAUCCUCCAAGUAUACAAUCCUUGGAAACGAGUUUGGAAUCCUUACAGGCUUUAUUUGGGCCGCUUGGGUCUUAUCAUUCAUCGGAUUAGUCAUUAAGUACGUUUUAAUGCUUACUUCAGAGACAUUUCUCAUUGAUUGGGAGCCACGUCGUCCAUCCAUCCCUGUUUCAGCGUGGCGCCGCAUUCUUGUUGGUAAUGAAUUUCUUAAAUUACACACAAGAAGGUCAUACAACAUUCCUUUCACAGUUAUCACCCUCGUGUUCAUUCUCGGAGGCUUUGGAGUUGACAAACUCCAAGCUGUUCUUCCAAGUUCAACGUUAAUCGAGUCAGGAUCGAAUUACGGAGUUUUAAGGUUCGCAAUUGUCACUUUUAUUUACAUUUUAUUAUUAAUUUUCCAAUAUAUCGUUACACGUAUUGUUUGGCUCAUUUCUGGCUCUCCUUAUGAAGACUUCGCACGUCUUUGUGGUACAGCAAAUGUUUCUGUAUUAACUUUGUUGUCUCCAAGCUGGGCUAUUUAUCUAAAUGGCCGCGCAAUGAAGCCAGCAGAUGAAGGAGACAUUAAAUUGAUACAGAGUAUUUCAGAAGCAGAAAAAGGAGCUUUGUCAAUUAAACCGUUGUCAGAAAACCGUCCAGAACAAGUUUACGAAUGCUUCUUUGCUCCUAAGCUCAGGGAACCAUUAUACCAAGCCUACGACAGAAUAGUUGAGAUGCAUCACAUGAGACCGAAGAAUUUGAAGAGAGCAAAUACAUCAAUUGUUUCUCUUGAAGCUAUGUCUUCUUUCGAACAAUUAAAUGUCUUUUUGCAAAGAUUUUUCGGCGCAGAAGGAAAAGACAGAGAAUACGAUGUUUGGAAGACACCUUUCGGUUACAAACUCUCUAGAAUGCCACCAGAACCACCAGAGAGAUCCCUACUUUAUGCACAAUCAACAAAUUCAUUAAGAAAAGCCAUCGACGGUUAUGGUGAAUGGUUGUUGGCACUUUUCGAUUUAUUACUUUUCGUUUGUGUCGAUUACCAAGCAUCGUCAACACCUAUUGCUGCAUUCGUGACACUCAUUAUCGAUGCAGUUAUGAUGGCAGCUUGGAGAUCUGCUGCUAAGAGAAACUUGGCAAGAAAAUCUCUUAUCGAUAAUCGUUUCUUCCUUAACUAA